UCUUGUGUGGGUUCUGCACGGUAUUUCCCAUUUAUCCUCUUAUCCCUUAAUUCUUAUUCCCCAGGGUGCCCUCAGAAGCCUCCAGUUGAAACUCUAGCAGAAGCCAGGUCGGAUGGCUGUGGACACAAGAAAGCCUGCCAGCCUGCUGUUCAAAGCCCCAUGGGGUCAGCAGGGGCCUGUGAUGGGGAAGGUGAAGUUGGAGGAUGACCACCCCAGGAAUCAGGGUCUCAGCUUUCCAGAGAACCAGCUCCCUGGCUGGGAGAUCUUCAGGAAGCAGUUCAGACAGUUCUGCUACCAGGAUUCCCCUGGACCCCGUCUGGCCCUGAGCAGGCUCCGGGACCUCUGCCAUCAAUGGCUUAGGCCAGAGACACAGACCAAGGAGCAGAUCCUGGAGUUGCUGGUGCUGGAGCAGUUCCUGUCCAUGUUGCCUGAGGAGCUCCAGGCCUGGGUGCAGGAGCAUCAUCCAGAGAGUGGGGAGGAGGCAGUGACCAUGCUGGAGGAUCUGGAAAGAAAGAGAAAUGUUUCAGCUUGUGCUCUGGAACAGAAAAUCCUUUUGCAAACAAUGACCCUUCAGACACUAGAUGAAGAAUCUUCAUACACCUGGGUUUAACUCUGAGUGAUCCAGCUCAAGAGCAAAGGACCUGAGCCCCAACCAUCAGAGGAAAGAGAUGGUGGUGUGAGGACUGAGAACAUGACAUUAGACACAAAGCAGGAACUUUGUGAAGAAACAGAACCACGUAGGGAGGGGUCUGAUGGACAUCAUGAAACUAUGUCUCAGCCCACCAAAUACAGAGGAGUUGGUGGGCCUACUGGAAGUUUAGAAAUGCAAGAUGGGGAUGCCACAGGUGAGAAAAGAUAGAAAUGUGAUGAAUGUAGGAAGACCUUCAUGUGUGUCAGAGGCCUUCAGAUGCAUAGGAGGAUCCACACUGGGGAGAAACUGUACUCACACACAGAAUGUGGAAAGGCCUUUAUCAGACAUGCAGAACUUACCCAGCAUCAGGGGCUUCACAGCAAGGAAAAGCCCUAUCAAUGUAAAGAGUGUAGCAAAUGCUUCAGUCAGAAGGCAGGCGUCCAGGCGGCCCCAUGUUUCGUUGGUUCGAAUCCUGGGCACGGACAUGGCACUGUUCAUCAAACCACGCUGAGGCAGCAUCCCACAUGCCACAACUAGAAGGACCCACAAUGAAGAAUAUACAACUAUGUACUGGGGGGCUUUGGGGAGAAAAAGGAAAAAAUAAAAUCUUUAAAAAAAAAAAAAAAGAAGGCAGGCCUCUUCCAACAUCUGAAAAUCCACACUGGAGAAAAGCCCCAUAAAUGUAGUAAAUCUGGCCGAUGUUUUAGUCGGAGGUCAGUUCUUACAAAGCAUCAAAGUCUCCACACUGGAGGGAAACCUUUUGAAUGUCUGGACUGUGGGAAAGCCUUCCACCACAACUCAGACCUCGUUGAACAUCAGUGAUUCCACAACAAAGAG